UUGUGCUUGUCACGAGAGCAACGUGUAGCCUAAGAGAGGCUGAGAGCUCCUCUUUCGUUCCGAUGGGGAGCGCUAGCAAAGACGAAGAAGUGAAGCAGGCCUUGCUCGAGCAUUCCGAUUCAAACGGCUUGGGAAAUGGACAAGUAGUUGUUGAAGAUGAUGCCGGUAACCUGAGAAGGAUCUGGAUCGAGUCCAAGAAGCUAUGGCACAUCGUCGGUCCCUCCAUUUUCAGCCGCGUUGCCACCUACUCCAUGAACGUCGUCACCCAAGCGUUCGCCGGCCACCUCGGCGACCUCGAGCUCGCUUCCCUCUCCAUCGCCAACAACGUCAUCGUCGGCUUCAACUUCGGCCUCCUGCUUGGAAUGGCGAGUGCAUUGGAGACGCUCUGCGGGCAAGCGUUCGGGGCGAAAAGAUACAACAUGCUGGGGAUAUAUAUGCAGAGAUCAUGGAUAGUUCUGUUUCUGUGUUGUUUCUUGCUCUUACCGUUGUACGUAUUUGCGACGCCGAUUUUGAAGCUCUUAGGCCAGCCGGACGACGUGGCUGAGCAGUCCGGGCUGGUGGCGGUGUGGCUCAUCCCCUUGCACUUCAGCUUCGCGUUUAUCUUCCCUGUGCAGAGGUUCUUGCAAAGCCAACUAAAAACUGCGGUGCUGGCCUGGGUUUCUUUGGUGGUUUUCGCGAUACACGUGCUAAUGAGUUGGCUCUUUGUGUAUGUGCUUCAGUUCGGAGUUGUUGGAACCGCCAUCACAUUGGAUGUUUCCUGGUGGCUUUUGUUUCUUGGCAUGUUUGGGUAUACCAUGUGGGGUGGCUGUCCGGAGACCUGGAGUGGUUUCUCUUCACAAGCUUUCGCUGGGCUCUGGGAAUUUAUUAAGCUCUCCACUGCCUCAGGUGUCAUGCUCUGCUUGGAGAACUGGUACUACAGGAUAUUGAUACUAAUGACUAGUAAUCUUCGAAACGCUGAGAUUACCGUGGAUGCCUUAUCUGUCUGCAUGAGCAUCAACGGCUGGGAAAUGAUGAUUCCUCUUGCCUUCUUCGCAGCAACAGGAGUAAGAGUUGCCAACGAGCUAGGCGCCGGCCGGGGAAAGGCAGCAAGGUUCGCGACGCUUGUGUCGGUGGUGCAGUCCACAGUCAUCGGCCUCAUCUUCUGCGCCUUCAUAAUGAUAUUCCAUGACAAGUUCGCCUUGAUCUUCACCUCCAGCGCCGACGUGCUCGAUGCCGUCGAUAACCUCUCCGUCCUCCUCGCCGUCACCAUUCUCCUCAACAGCGUCCAGCCUGUCCUAUCUGGGGUGGCGGUUGGAUCGGGAUGGCAGUCAAAGGUGGCGUACAUAAAUUUAGGAUGCUAUUACAUGGUUGGGCUUCCCAUCGGAGUUGUCAUGGGCUGGGUCUUUCAUUUAGGCGUUGAGGGCAUAUGGGGAGGCAUGAUCUUCGGUGGAACGGCUGUGCAAACUGUGAUACUGGCCAUCGUAACGAUGCGAACCAACUGGGACAAGGAGGCUGAGAAAGCUACCAUGCAUGUCCAGAAGUGGUCUAACGGGAGUCCAGAUAAUAUAUCAUAGUUCUAGCAUAAUUUAGAAAUAAAGGAUCAUCCCGCUUGUCCUUGGGUAUGGUUUUUUUCUUUUAAUUCUAAUUGGGUCUGGAAGGAUGUUGGAUUAAUGGGGAAACCGUAGAAGAAGCUCUCAUUUUGUCGAAGUAAACUUCGCCCCAUAAAGUAGUGGGCUAGGGUUCUACUGCCAAGCACAUGGGCUUAGCCCGUAUCUCGUUCC